GCGCGGUUUCGAGUCGGUGUCUGAACCUACAACGCCAGCCGAAGAAGCCGCCGUUGAUUCACUGCAGCGACCGGACGCCGCUUCUUUCUCUUUCCAUCGGGCUGGUUUCCCGUCGACGAUUGGUGUUUGCCUGCUCAGGUCCCUGCCUAGAGCCUAGAGGUAUAUACAGAGACCUAGAAGCCUCAGGCCCUCCACCACAUCAAGGCUAGGUGCCUAACGUGCGCGCCCUUCUCGCCCCAGCCGCCAAUCGAUCUGUCUAAACGCCUAUCCGCCCAACCGAAACAGUCUAGUCCGAACUGUCAUCUCUUCCCCGGAAACAGACUUUCCGCCGAGGUUACAGGCAGUAAUAACCUACCUAGAUCCAGUAGCCACGGCCGCACAUAACCUCCUCGAUUACCACCACUUCCACUCCGCAACAACCAUCGCCGCUCUCCAGUUCCCAUCACACCUCUGCCCCAGCGGCAGGACGCAGCCCAGGGAACGACCCGACUCACCACUCCACCCCCGAUGAUGCUUGCGGCGACCAACACCACGGCCCAUCUCAACACCGAAACUUCCAUUUGAGGCGAGGAUGGACUACGCAAAGCUGCGGGAUGCGGCCCUCCAGCAUGGUGAGGACGAGGAGGCUGUCACCGUCGACACCCGCGCCCUGAUCGACAAGGUCCUUGCCAGGUACUCGGGCGAGUGGACCACGCUUCGAGAGCUCAUCCAGAAUGCCGCCGACGCCCAGGCCACAACCGUCAAGGUCAAGUGGGAAACCCACCCGUCCACCACGGUCCCGCUUCCCCAGACCACGAACCAGACGGAGCUGCUCAAGCACGUCAUCACCAACCACACCCUCAGGCGGCUGCUCGUCAACAACGAUGGCCAGCCCUUCACAAAGACCGACUGGGCCCGCCUGAAGCGCAUCGCCGAGGGAAACCCCGACGAGACCAAGAUCGGCGCCUUUGGCGUCGGCUUCUACAGCGUCUUUGCCGACUGCGAGGAGCCCUUCAUCAGCUCCGGCAGCGAGGCCAUGGCUUUCUACUGGAAGGGGAACGCCCUCUUCACGCGGAAGCUGGUGCUGCCCCAGGACCAGAGUAGCUCCGACACCACAUUCGUCCUGGACUACAGGAAUUCCACCACGGCCCUGCCAAACCUCUUGUCGGUCGGGCAGUUCCUGGCAACCAGUCUGACUUUCGUAGCCCUGCAAAAUAUCGAGUUUUGGAUAGACGACUGGAUGAUAUUGAAGCUGCAAAAGAAGACAUCGCCCAGCGUGGACGUUCCGAUCCCGCGAGACCUCGAGGCCACCACUCAGGAACGCCUCAUGAGGAUCGCCAGGGUUGACCGGGUCAGCACCCAGAUCGAUGCGACGACUAUGCGCGUCAUUGGCUGGAAGCCCAAGGUCGGCACAAUAUCAAAAUUGACAGAGACCUACGGCUUGGGCAGCGCCGAGAUGGGUAGCUCUCUAAGGGGCUUCUUCUCCAGGCUCACUUCGAGCUCUUCUCAGAGUACACUAAAGACCAAGGCGACCAAAGAAGAGAAGGUGGUCCCCGAGACCACUGAGGACUUGACUGCGACGACAACUUCGAGCAUCUUCCUCAGGGUCACGUCAGCAGCUGUAGCAACAAGUGUGCAGGCAUCAUUUGCUGCCGAGCUUGAGCGGGCAACCAAGAAGCCACCGCCGAAAACCACCAAGCUCGCCAUCCUGACCUCGUCAUACGACGAGAGCCAAGCCACACAGAGUUCCAGGGAUACCUCGACAGGCUCUGCUGAUGUCUUCGCCUCUGUCCUGCCCACCAAGAAGCCUGGAGGCAAGAUCUUCAUCGGCUUUCCGACCGCGCAGACCACAGGCGGCGGCAUGCACAUCUCGGCCCCAUCUGUGAUUCCGACAGUGGAGCGUGAGGCCAUCGAUCUCAACGCCCGAUGGGUGCGAACCUGGAACAUGGAGAUGCUACGUGCCGCCGGAAUCAUGACGCGGCUGGCCUUCUCGGUCGAGAUGGCGGAUCUGAACGAAAAGUUCUUGAGGGCCGUGGCAGCUGCUGGCAAGGGCGGCAAAAUUUCGGCGGCCGAUGUGGCAAAGUUCACGCCCGAGGCGAUACACAUCCUGAACACGUACAGCUUCAAAGAUUCGACUCCCAGUUCUAAUGUCGGGCAGCUUAUCGAGAGCUCGUUCUGGACCGCGUUUAAGAAGGCGUCCAUCGAGGUCUUCUCAAGCAGGGGUGUGCUUCCGUCGACGAAAGUGCGUGUGGGCUCUGACGAGCUUGGGAAGUUCGUCAACGACAUACCCAUAAUCAUCAAGGAGAUGGAGGACCAGCCAUUCGUCAGGAAACUGCAUGAUUUUGGCCUGAUAGAGGAUAUCACUGUCAAGGAUAUUCGGCAGGAACUGGAGGCCAAAGCCCUCAACAGGGACCAGCUUGCUAAUUUCCUUGCCUGGGCUGGGAAGACGGCCGUUUCGGGCGAGCUGGAUAUGCGCAGCAGACAAGCCCUGCUCGAUGUGGCCGUCGCCACCAUCGGCGAUAGCGAGGAUCAGGGUGAAAUCAUUGCUCUCUCUAGCAUCACGAGCUAUCUAAGUGCUAACAAGAUCCCGGCAAACCUGCCACUCCCACCCACUACUCUCCCCUACUCCCUGACUGUCAACAUCCCGCAGGCUCAUCUGCAAGCCUUAGGAUGGCGUACGUUAGAGAUCGUUCCUUGGCUGAGGUUCCUCAUCGAUGCCGCUGGGACCAAGGGCGACGAGCAAAACAUUACAAAGUCGGAAAAGUUCGCUGUGCAGGUCCUCACCGUGUUGUCAAAGAACUGGGACAACCUAAACCCUGGAGACAGGACUGCGGUUGUUUCCGGCUUGCAAGACAAGACCGUCAUGCCGACCAAGGUUGGGAUGAAGCGGCCAGCAGAGUCCUUCUUCACAUCAGUCAAGCUUUUUGACGACCUUCCCACCAUUCAAGGGUGCCAGGCCGUCAAGGAGAAGGUCUUGGUAGCCCUCGGAGUGCGCAAGACGCUGGACCUCGAGACCAUCUUCACCCGCCUCCUUUCCCCUCAACACGAGGGUGCAGUGAGGUGGAGUCACAUGGAGCUCAUCAAAUACCUGGCCUCUGUCCGUGACGAUAUUCCUUCAGAUGAUAUGAAACGCCUGAAGGAGUCGCGCAUCUGCCCCCGUGAGGCCGGGCCGCCUGGCAUGGAGGCAACAAAGGGCUCCAACCAACUAUUCAAGGUCUCGGAGCUCUUCGAGCCUAACGACUCGCUGCGGACGCUCCGCCUGCCGAUCAUCCACUGGCCGGGUCCCCCAGGGAGCUUCAGGCCAAGCGGAGUUGAGGCGCGCUUCCUGUCCAGUCUUGGACUUCGGUCCUGCCCAUCCGUACCCGAGCUCGUUGAUAUGAUGGCGUCGGAGGACCCGACGAUGAGAAUCAACGCGAGGGCUUACUUCAUCGGCAACCAUCACAUCAACAACUAUGCCUCAUACAACAUCGCGGGAACAAAGAAGGCUAUUCUUCCCAUCCAGGGGAACGAGAAGCUUCUCGUGCCACCAACCGAGUGCUACGUCGACAACGGAGCCGCCAUUCUAGGCUUCAACGUGCUGGAGAAAAGCCUCCAGGUCCAUGCGAACAAGUUUGGCGUCGCUCGGGAUCCUCCCAUCACAAUAUGCGUCAACAAGUUGAUCGCCAAGCCGCCUCGGGAUCAAGCAGCGGCGGUGACUUUGUUCAGAUACUUUGCCACGCGUCUGAGCGACCUCCACGAGAGUAGUCUCGCGAAGCUCAGGGAUGCGCCCCUCGUGCCAGUCACGAGGCUCGUACGAGGAAGCGGCCCCAAGGAGAUGUCCAGAUCAACAAUCUUGAUGAAGCCAUCGAACUGCUACCUGGGGAGCUCGUCUACUUAUAGCGACAUUUUCGACUUUGUGGACUUCGGCUCGGACGCAAACGCAUUCUUGUUCAAAUGCGGCGCGAAGAGCGAGCCCACCAAGGUCGAGAUUGCACGCCUGGCAUGCAGCGAGCCGGCGCGCCUGCUGAGUAUCCUGCAGAGCCCCGAGAAGUACCUGAACCUGCUCAGGACCCUAGCCGACGAUCAGAACGCGCUCAGGAAAGACAGGGAGCUUUGGGCCAAGAUGAAGACUUCUUCCUUCCUGCUCGCGUCCAAGGAGAUAGCAGCUCCCAGAGCGCCCGGAGCCGACCCCGACGAGGAUGAGGCGCCCAUCAAGCAAUACCAGCUGGCAGCUCCGAACCAGAUUGUGAUCCUAGACGACUAUAUCAGCUACCGUCUCUUCAAGGAUUCGCUGGUGUGUGCGCCUGAGGAGGAUCUCCUAGAGAGCUUCUACCUGGCGCUCGGAUCGCAGAUGCUCGGCAGUCUAGUACAGGAAGAUCUCAAGAUCGGACCCCAGAGUGAUAAGCAGGAUACGGCUGCCAUUUUGCGCAAGCAUGUGCUGGAACGCUCAAAGCUCUUCUUGUACGAGUGGACAAAGCACAACAGGGACCCCCUCAAACAUGAUGUCAAGUGGCUGGAGAAGAACCUUUCGGUUCAGACGGUCCGAAGCGUCGCGCUCAGGAGGUCGCUCCGCGGCCAAGGCAAGUCCCAUUUGGAAAAGAGGUCCGCAGCCAGCGCCCCGAGCCAGAACGGAUGGGUGCUCUACAUUUCGGCAGAACGGGAUCAUCCAGACAUGUACCAAGUUGGGCAGGCCGUCUGUCAGCUCCUCCUCACACGCCCCGGUCAGCAGGCAUACCUCUCUUUCGAGCCGUUCCUGAAGCUCAACCUGCUGGACCUACGCGCUCGAGGCUACAACGUCGACCGAAUCCUGAGGGCGAAGGCGGCCGAGGCUCGGAUCGCCGAAGAGGAGAGGCGAAAGGCGCUCGAGGAAGAGCAAGCGCGCAUCAAGGAGGCCGCCGAGGAGUGGCAGAGACGGAGCAACGGGUCGAUGGCUGUGGCUGCAGGGAAACAGAGGGCGCCGACACCGCCCCCUACCAUGCCCGGCGCCUUUGGUGCUGACUCUCCGGAAGAGCACGGAAAGCGAUCGCCACCACCAAACGAGAACCGGAAAUCUAGAGGUGGAUUCCUCUCGAACUGGUCCAAACAACUGGGCUUCGGGAAGGACGAGGGUGACGAGUCCCAGAAGCAACUGCAAAACUUCCUGCCACCUCCAGAGCCUGCCAAGCCCAGCGCGGGCGCAGGGUCCAGCGGCAGCGGCGCGGGGACCGAACAGCAAAGCAAAGGCGACGACGGGCGUGUAACGUCGCCGGCGGUGGUGCAGCAGAACCUGCUCAACGCCAUCAAGUCGACGCGGGCUCACGACUCGUCCAAGCUCUUCUCGCCGCCGCAGACGAGCGAGGUCAAGGAGCAGGCGACGUACUGCGACAGCAACGCGGCGCACGACCUCAAGUUUGUCGCCGAGGGGCCGGCAGGUAUGCGCAUCUUUGUGGCCAAUGACCUGUCAGUCGACGCGAGCAGCUUCGUGGUGGAGAAUCGGGCGAGGAUCAAGGCGUUCGAGUCGAUGCUGCGGGAGAUCGCCGACGUGUACGGGCUGUCCAGCAAGGUGCUGCACAUCUUCUACGACGAGCGGGGCGGCACCAUCGCCUUCAACAGUAGCGGCAGCAUCUUCUGCAACCUGCGCUUCUACGCGCAGCUGCACGCGGAGCGCGUCCUGGCCUCGUACGCGGCGACGCGGCGUGAGGCCAUGAUGGAGGCGGCCACGUGGUGGUGGGUGGUGAUUGCGCACGAGCUGGCGCACAACAUCGUGCAGGUGCACGACGCGCACCACAGCUACUACACCGAGUCCUUCAUCCAGCAGUUCUUCCCCAAGAUGGUGGCCAAGUCGGCGGCGCUGGCUGCGGCAGCCGACCAGGCGGCGGGUGGUGGCCCGGCGGCGGCGGCGGCGAGGGCAUCCCUGCCACCUCCGCCGGCGCGCGACAGCAGCGUCCCACCGCCCUACAGCCGACGGGCGCCAGCGCCGACGAACCUGCUCGACUAGGGCCGGGGUGGUUCGCUGGCGGUUCCUUGUCCCCCCCGCAGGUGGCGCGUUUGAUGCCCGGGCGUCGGGCCGCGUCCACCCUUCUGGCUCCACUUGUCGACUGAUGGGAUGGGCUGGACACCGCAAACACACCACAUUCUGGUCGCACCACAUUCACAACUCGGCUGCGACGGCUCCGUUUUCGCAAACCUUGUCCCGUCCGAGGAAUGUCGGGGCAUAAUGUCGGGGCAUCAUGCGGUCUUCUUGUUCGGGACGGCAUCAUAGAGUAGAUCAUCAAACAAACAUGCGAGGCCGUGAGUAAAUAGAUAUUAUUCGGGUUUCUUUGUUUUGCCUGGGCAUAUGUCUGGCGCUAGGGAUUGUUGGUAAUAUGCUCGGUCAUUGAACAUGAUAUUUGUUAGCGAUAGAGUCAUAAAUUUCCUUCUUCAUUCUCUGGGCAAUCAUUUGAGGUUCUCAUAACAGUUCAUGUCGAGUUAGGGGUCAAAUUAGCAAGGCAAAUUGUCUGAAUUAUUUAAUAGAAUGGAAGCCAAAUAUUAAUGCGA